AGAGGGAGUGAGAGAGAGAGAGGGACAGAGAGGGACACAGACACAGCUGUGAGGACGGUAACACUCGGCAGUGACGGGAACAAUAUCAACUGCCGAGUUACAGUGGGAACGUGUAUAAUUCGCUCUCCAUCCCAGAGUUGCAAUGGAAACACUGGAGGAAUUUGACAGGGAAUGCCCUCUGAGCAUGAUGUUCUGUAAGCGUCUGACAGAGGACGAGUUUGAAGCACAAACAUUGACGUACACGGAAAAGGCCCUGCAGGAACUGUUCCACACCAUGGACCAGAAUCCCAAACUGUGUGAGAAGGUGGUGAGGAGACGCAAACAGACCGAGCUGGAGAAGGCCGGAUUGAAGUCGUUAGUCAAGGCUAAGUUUUUCUCUGCUGUGGACGGCCACAUGAAUCGGUGUAAUGCUGUUGGAACAGACGAGUUGCAAGAGAGACUUGGACACCUGAAGGAGGAGAUGAAGAAAGUACAUUCCUACUGCACUGAGGCCAAAAGGACCUCAAAACGACUAGCUGAAAAGAGGCAAAGGGAACGAGAGGGGGUAUCUGUGAACCCAAGUGCUUCACUUGGUCAACAGGCUGCUAUGGUUCCACCACCACCACCACCACCUCCUCCUCCUCCAGUUCCUUCUACUGAUAAACUUGUGUUUAAAACCCCUUUCAGAGACCAGACCAACCUCUGCAAUCAAGAAAACAUUGAGCCAGCAACGCCAGAUCUACUGGAGAGUUAUGGAUUGGCUAAAUUUAAUCGACGUUGUCAGAGCUUUGGAAAUCUGAAAUCUGCCUCUGAGAGUGACCACAGUUCUCAACCUGUCAAAAGUAUCCACUCUGAGCUGUUGGCUGCAAAUCACUUCAAAAGACUGCGUACAACUGGAAUUCAUAGAUCACCAGGUGGGACUCCAUCCAAAACACCCCGCAGUCUCGCACUGGAAGAGGAGGUGAACUCUCCUGCAUCUGCCUUCAACGCGACUCUGCUAAAUAAAUUCCGCAAUACCAAGAGCCCCGCAGAAAGCAUGCCGCGCUCACCAUCCACCAGUGACAGUGAGAACUCGGCAUUCGCCACACCUUCAGAGACCCCGUGAGUCAGUCUCUGCCACCUCGCCUUUUACCAGCCACUUACACAGCUCUGGCCCCCAUCACACUGACUCUCAGUUAGAAUUCAAGAACAUUUCUCAUGAAAUUUACGCUUGGUGGAUAGAGGGUCUUCUAUAUGAUCGCUUUGCUUUAUUUAUGUAUUGGUGUGCAUAGGGUAUGAGGAAUCUCAUUACUAUUUUAAUAGUGAUUCAAAUGCAAAAUAAUAAUCCAAAAGGAGUUACAAAUUCUACCUUUAGCUAUUUCAGACAUGCCGGCUGGAAUUUGUGCCACGUUCUAAGUCAAGGUGGAUGCAUUCUGCCUGAAUAGUUUGUCCACGUUUCCUGCGGCACCUUAUUUUUAACUCAUUAUUUGAAGCCUGAUUUGGUUUUCAAAAGGGGCUCCAGGAAUUCUUGGAACAUAUCAACAUUUUAAAGAUCCAAUUGAGACCGUUUGAAACAGUUUUACUCAAUACGUUUAAGGGGAAAAUUGAUGAAUAUCUGAGGGAAAAUAAUAAUUUCUGAGAAUAAUUAUAAUAACCGGGGGUGGGGAUUGAAAUGACAGAGGCUCCUAUACAAACACUGGGCCAAAUGGCCUACUUUGGUGUUGUAGAUUGAGUGUGUGUGAAUAUUGAGCUUCAAAGCUAUUAUCCUACAGCAUUAUUUUCUGCUCUGCCUUUUCCCGUUUUAAAAACACGAUGGGUGAAUGCCGACAAUCUGCAGAUACUAACCCUGACUAGGCUUCCUGUCCAAUUUCCUGUAGCUGCAGUUGCAGCCCACAUGUGUUUGUGUGUGUGGGAGAGGUGGGGCUGAUUUGGUUGUAUAUACAAUGGGAUGAUAACAAUUCGCUGCAAAAUGGCCUGUAUUUUGCAACUAAUUUAAACAGACGCUCGCCUCACCCUCAUCACCAGAAAAAUCUAUCAGAUCACCUUAACGUGUUUUUAAAAGGGUAUUAGAGCACAACCAUAACUGGUAUUAAGGGGCUUUUUCUUUGCCCCCUUCCACACAUCAAAAUCUGGAGCCGUAUCUUUAAUAUUACAUUAUACCAAUUUUUGGCAGCCUUUUGGAUGAGGCCUUGGCUGCCUGCUUAAGUGGCCCAUUUAAAGAUCCCGUGUCAUUUGAGAAAACAAGGGAAUUGGUAUCCUGGCCAACAAUUGAAUAAUCUUAACCAAAACUGAAGGUUAUUUAGUUAUAUAGCAGUGACCACAACAGCUGUAUACUGUUAUUACGUCAUGUUGUGAUAAUUGACAAGUCUGAAUUCUAGACAGUCUGAAUUCUAGACUGUCAUUUAACAUGUGGAGCACUUGGAAAAUCUCUAUUUCAGUUGGUUUAGUUUGUUCCAACUAAAAUUCUUCCUGAAAAUGACUGGAUAUUUUCGCAAAGAUUCAAAAAGAAUUGCUAAACUGAAGGGAAAUUGUAUAUAAUUUGCUUAAUAGCCCAAUACUUUACCUAUCUAUGUUGGGCUAUACUGCGACUUUUUAGCUGAAAUGUAUGUAGUGAGGCCCUGAGUGUAUCUUGCUGAAUUCCUAGACUGUUAUAUCUGUUGUUGGGUUUCUAUUUUUUAUUCUUUAAAAAAUAAUUUGUAAUUGAAGGAUUUUAUAUGGAGAGUCCACCAACAACAACUUGCACUUAUAUAGCGCCCUCCACGCAGGGCAGUGUCUCAGACCAAUGGCAGCUUCCUUUAUUUUAAUUUUACAGAGUCUUGUAGAAGGUCAUUACCUGAUCUGAUGAAUUCAACAUUGACUCUGUUUGAAUUACACAAGGUUCUCACAAAGUACUAUUCAGGGCCAAACUAAUUAAGAGAAUAUUACAAGGAUAUGAGCUUUAAAAACAAUUCUGAUUCUAUUUUUCUAAAACAUUUGUAUGAUUUUAUUUUCUAGAUUUGCAUAGCGAUUGACUGUUGUUGUGCUAGUAGUUUUUUGCCUGUGUUUCAGCUUCAGACUGUGCUUACUGGUGUGGGAAUGGGAAUGCAAUAUAUUGGUGUGUGAUUAAAAACUGGCAAUGCUAUCCAAGUGUUAUGAAAUAAAACACACAGCGUUUUCUUGA